AGAGCUUAGAAGAUGACGGAAGUUCCACGUGUUCGUGGAGAGCAGCUGCAGGGGAGGGCGGAGUCACAGGCUCCUCCUCCCGGAUUUUGCCUCGGCGAUUGGGCUCCUAAGCCCCGCCCUGGCUGCUGCGCAGCCCAGAGCAUGGCCUCUCCCCGGCCUUCGGUGUCCUCUCCGGACUUACCCGAGCGGAACUUGCAGUACCGCGAAGUUCAGUAUUGGGACCAGCGCUACAAAGAUGCGGCCGACUCUGGCCCCUACGAGUGGUUCGGGGACUUCGCUUCCUUCCGUGCUCUCCUAGAGCCGGAGCUGUGUCCUGAGGACCGUAUCCUCGUGCUAGGUUGCGGAAACAGUGCCCUGAGCUACGAGCUAUUCCUUGGAGGCUUCCCAAAUGUGACCAGCGUGGAUUACUCUCCAGUAGUGGUGGCAGCUAUGCAAGUUCACUAUGCCCAGGUGCCCAGUCUACGAUGGGAGACCAUGGAUGUGCGAGCAUUGGACUUCUCUAGUGGUUCCUUUGAUGUUGUACUGGAGAAGGGCACACUGGAUGCCCUGCUGGCCGGGGAGCGGGAUCCCUGGAAUGUAUCUUCUGAAGGUAUCCACACUUUGGACCAGGUGCUGAGUGAGAUGGACUACAAACGAGCUAAGCUUCGAGAUGAAGAAGCACCGGAGACUCCAAUAGGAGGCAGGGCCACCCCGGACUCACUGGAGGUGGGGUUCCAGAAGAGGACAAGACGACUCUUUGGUUCACACACACAGCUGGAGCUGGUCUUGGCAGGCCUCUCUCUAGUGCUGGCUGCCCUUCUUUUGGGCUGCCUCGUGGCUCUGUGGGUCCAGUACCACAGAGACCCAGCCCAUAGCACUUGCCUCACAGAAGCCUGCAUUCGUGUGGCUGGAAAAAUUCUAGAAUCUCUGGACCGUGAGGUGAGCCCAUGUCAGGACUUUUAUCAGUUCUCCUGUGGAGGCUGGAUUAGAAGAAACCCUUUGCCCAAUGGGCGUUCUCGAUGGAAUACCUUUAACAGCCUCUGGGACCAGAACCAGGCCAUACUGAAGCACCUACUUGAGAAUACCACUUUCAAUUCCAGCAGUGAAGCUGAGUGGAAAACACGGCGCUUCUACCUGUCCUGCUUACAGCUGGAGCGCAUUGAGAAGCUAGGAGCCCAGCCACUUCGAGACCUCAUUGACAAGAUCGGUGGUUGGAACAUCACAGGGCCUUGGGAUGAGGACAACUUCAUGGAGGUGCUAAAGGCGGUAGCAGGGACUUAUAGAGCCACUCCAUUCUUCACCAUCUACGUCAGUGCUGAUUCUAAAAGUUCCAACAGCAAUGUCAUCCAGGUGGACCAGGCUGGGCUUUUCCUGCCCUCUCGAGAUUACUACCUAAAUAGAACUGCCAAUGAGAAAGUGCUUACAGCCUACCUGGACUACAUGGAGGAGCUGGGAAUACUGCUGGGUGGCCAGCCUGCCUCUACCCGGGAGCAGAUGCAGCAAGUCCUGGAGCUGGAGACACAACUGGCUAACAUCACUGUGCCCCAGGACCAGCGGCGUGAUGAGGAAAAGAUAUAUCACAAGAUGAGCAUCUCAGAGCUGCAGACUCUAGCACCCUCCAUGGACUGGCUGGAGUUCCUUUCUUUCUUGUUGUCACCACUGGAGUUGGGUGACUCUGAGCCUGUGGUGGUGUAUGGGCUUGAGUAUUUACAACAGGUGUCGGCGCUCAUCAACCGUACAGAACCAAGCAUCCUGAACAAUUAUCUAAUUUGGAACCUGGUGCAGAAGACAACUUCGAGCCUUGACCAACGCUUUGAGUAUGCACAGGAGAAGUUACUGGAGACCCUCUAUGGCACCAAGAAGUCCUGUACACCAAGAUGGCAGACCUGCAUCUCCAAUACAGAUGAUGCCCUUGGCUUCGCUCUGGGUUCACUCUUCGUGAAGGCCACAUUUGACCGACAAAGCAAGGAAAUUGCCGAGGGGAUGAUCAGUGAAAUCCGGUCUGCUUUUGAGGAGACCCUGGCAGAGCUGGUUUGGAUGGACGAGAAGACCCGGCUGGCAGCCAAGGAGAAAGCAGAUGCCAUCUAUGAUAUGAUCGGUUUCCCUGACUUCAUCUUGGAGGCCAAAGAGCUGGAUGAUAUUUAUGAUGGGUAUGAAGUCUCUGAAGAUUCUUUUUUCCAAAACAUGUUGAAUCUGUACAACUUCUCUGCUAAGGUGAUGGCUGACCAGCUCCGCAAACCUCCCAGCCGAGACCAGUGGAGCAUGACGCCACAGACGGUGAAUGCUUACUACCUUCCAACGAAGAAUGAAAUUGUCUUCCCUGCUGGCAUCUUGCAGGCCCCCUUCUAUGCUCACAACCACCCAAAGGCCUUGAACUUUGGUGGCAUCGGCGUGGUGAUGGGCCAUGAGUUGACACAUGCCUUUGAUGAUCAAGGGCGUGAGUAUGACAAAGAAGGAAAUCUGCGUCCUUGGUGGCAGAAUGAGUCACUGACAGCUUUCCAGAAUCAUACAGCCUGCAUGGAAGAACAGUACAACAAGUACCAGGUCAACGGAGAGAGGCUCAAUGGACUCCAGACACUGGGGGAAAACAUCGCAGACAACGGAGGUCUUAAGGCCGCUUAUAAUGCUUACAAAGCAUGGUUGAGGACACAUGGGGAGGAGCAGCAGCUGCCUGCUGUGGGGCUCACCAAUCACCAGCUGUUCUUUGUGGGAUUUGCUCAGGUGUGGUGCUCGGUCCGCACACCAGAGAGCUCUCACGAGGGGCUGGUGACCGAUCCCCACAGCCCUGCCCGUUUCCGAGUGCUGGGCACUCUCUCCAACUCCCGUGACUUCCUUCGGCACUUCGGCUGCCCUGUCGGCUCCCCCAUGAACCCAGGGCAGCUGUGUGAGGUGUGGUAGACCUGUGUUGGGAGAGAAAUGGGAUUGAGGCCUCCGAGUUAGGAGAAAGUAAAGAUCAGCUGGUACGGUUGUCUCUCCACAUCACUAGUGACAUGAAUCUAGUCCCCACCACAUCGUGCCUCUGCUUUGGGGGUGCCUGUGCCUCUAGCAGAGAUCCUGCCAUUCACUGUGACAUCCUUUCAUAUGUCACCCUGGAGGAAGUCUAGGCAGAAGUACCAGUUCCUACAGAGAGGAUUCUGUCUCUUUUGACUUCUUCAAGCUUACUCAAUUUGGGGGCCAAGAGGAUAUGCCUGGGGCAUGCCCAUCUCUCCCCAGGCAAACUCAGU